CAAGCAAACCACAUGUUCUCCACAAUUUUCAUCCCCACGAAUUAAAACAAAAACAAAAAUCUAUUCAUUAUUUAUUUAAAUUUCCAUUUUUUUUCAAAACACAAAAAGCUUUUUGAGGAUAAGCAACUUGUGGAAACCUUGUGGCACACACCAGUUCUAUUAUCCCCAUAUACUUUCAUCAUCCCUUCAUCCUCACAAACCAACUCACACCACAAAACAUGGCUUCUUUGAACAUGUUUCUUGCUCCGGCGACCGCUAUAUCCUCUACCAACACCACCACCACCAGCACCACCAACAACAUGAUCACCACUAGACCAGCAAGAAGAGUACAAACAUUUGCCACAGCUGCAAAGGGUUCAGGUGGAAGCAGUGAGGAGAAAGGUUUUCUUGAUUGGCUAGUGGGUGCAUUAGAGAAAGAUGGGUUUGUUGAGACUGACCCAAUAUUACAGAAGGUGGAGGGGAAAAGUGGUACUACUACUAUCACCGGAAAGAAGACCACCUCAUCGGCGGCACCACCCAAGAAGAGUGGUGGAGAUGGUGGUGGCUUUGGUGGGUUUGGUGGACUCUUUGCUAAGAAAUGAUCAUCUAUGGAUGUUAUCAUGUUAGUUUGAAAAUUUUAUUAAUUUUGGUAUAAUGUCAUCGGAUUUGAUCUUUGAUUAUAAAAAGUAUAUUUUGUGCGCACAAAUUAAAGGAUUAUGCAUUUGUUCUCAAAUUUUGUUGAUUACAGAAUAUGUGAAUGUUUUGCUGUC